AUGUCUAUUCGUCGGUUCUUCAAGCCUGCUGAUGCUCUUUCGUCGCCGAAAUCGUCGCCGAAACAACCAAGACUACAAAGCGAUUCGUCCAGCGAAUCGGACGUCAAAAUCUCGGUCGAGUUGGAAGAGGAAGUCGCACAGUCCAGCAAUGAAAGCGAAGUCGAGCUGCUGUCAACAGCUGACUCUCUGGGCAAGAGUUCCUCUUCAAAGCAGUCGUCGCGUUCGCAAAAAUCAUCUUCGUCGACGUCAUCGAAGCAGUCGGUGGGAUUUCGUUCCGAGUGGCGAGUUGGUCGAAUGGAAUGGCUUCAUUACGACAGCCAAAGCAAAGGCAUGCUUUGCGUUUUGUGUCAGAAGCAUGACAAGACCGCCGAUCGCACAGCGUGGACAACUACUCUAUGCACAAGGUUACGACUCGAGAGCGUCAAGCGGCAUGAAAAAUCUGCGAUCCACCGAGAGUGCGUCAAGAUGGAAGCACAGAGCCAACGGUCAAACGUGACAGCCAUAGUCAACCCGCAGAUCGCUUCUAGUGGCAUCGAGGAUGCAUUUGCCUGUCUCUACUUUCUGUGCAAGAGGAAAGAAGCGCAUACAACAAAUUUUGAGCCUCUCAUGGACUUCGCGGAAUACCUAGGGAUCCAAAUCAAAGAAAAGAUUGGCGUGGCAAGGAAUGCUUUAUACACUAGCGAACAGUCAAUUCACGAAAUGGUCAUUGUCCUUGCUGAAGUUAUUGAAAAAAGCACUCUUUCGAAAUUGAGAAAAGGCAAUUUCUACUUGAUAAUGUUGGAUGAGACGACAGAUUGUACUGUCACAGAACAACCGUCCGUCCACGCUCGUUUUAUUGAUGAAGAAGGCAAACUCCGCUCAAGAUUCUUAAAGAUAAUUGAUCUGCUUCAGCCUGAAAUUGAAAGGUUGGAUUCAGCGGGAGAGGCAACCAGAAUUAGUGCUGGAGCGGAAACGAUAACAAAGAGAGUUCUCGACUACCUUGAUGCUCACUCUCUGGAGGGCAGUAAAAUUGUCGGAAUUGGAACGGACGGGGCUUCCACAAUGAUAGGCUGUCGCACAGGAGUCGUCAAACGUCUGCAAAACGUCUGUAAAGCAGCCGUCGGAAUUCAUUGCGCUGCCCAUCACUUGAAUUUGGCGUCGACGCAAGCAGCCAAUUCCGUGCCUUACGUGAAGAAGUUUAACUCUGUGCUACAACAACUGUUCGACUACUACGACAACAGCGCUGUGCGAUCAGCAGGUCUCGAGGCUAUUCAAAAGCUUCUCCACGAGAAAGGCAAGCUUGUGGCACCAUCGCAGACACGGUGGCUCAGCGUCGAGAAGUGUGCAAGCCAACUAAAGUCUGCUUUCGUUUCUCUUGCCGUAAGUCUUCAAAGAGAGGGGCUUGAAAGGUCCGACGCAAAGGAUCUUGGGUUGAAUGCGCUUAUUACAGAUAUUCGAUUUGUCAAAACCCUGCUACUGAUGUGCGACGCAUUGCCUAUAGUGUCUCACCUUUCGAAAUGCUUUCAAUCUUCAAGUGUUGACUUUAGCAUGAUACCACCGAUGAUUUCUUCUUCUCUUGAGGCAAUCACUGAGCUGAAAUGUCAAGAUGGAAGAAACAUGCAGGAGCUGCCCGAUUUUCUUUCACGUAUUCAAGCCGCAGGCAUUGAGAUCAAGCAUCAAGCAAGCUUUUCUGAUGUCAAUUUCAAUGAGCAAAUAAAGGGGCCAUUUCUCACGAAUCUGAUCGAAAACAUCAAUCGCAGAUUCGCUGACAGCAAUAUACUUGCAGCUUUUUCAAUCUUUAAUGUCAGCCUGUUGCCUACACUUACCCGAACGCCAACGGAAGAAGAACGCCGCGUAUCAAUGUUGUAUGGCAAUGAGAACUUGAGUAUUUUGGCAAAGCAGUUUCUUCCCUCUGGAGCCAUAGAAGGCGUAGACGAGUGCCUUCAAGAAUGGUUCACCCUGAAAGCAUAUAUGAGGCAGAAUUGGUUAUCAUCGUCAGAUUCGGAUUCCGUUAUGAGUCAACAGGAAGUUAUAGAAAAGCUCUGCAAAGACGCCACACUUAUUCAAAUCUUUCCAAAUCUUUCUCAACUCGCAAGAAUAUGCCGUGUAUUGCCAAUUCACACUGCUGACGUCGAAAGAUCAUUUUCCCAACUAAAGCUAAUUAAAACACGAAUUCGUAACAGACUGAAGGAAGAUACGUUAGAUGCUUUAUUACGGAUCGCAGUGGAAGGUCCAGAUGUUGCCGAGUUUCCUUUUCACUUGGCUGUGAAACUGUGGACCAAGAAAAAAAAGAGACGUAUCUUUCGCGAUAGGUGA